UCUUACUCCAUCCGCACCUGACUUCAUCAGCAGCUCGAUCUGGGCUCCGGGACUCUUCUUUUUCCUUCACCUCGCGCAUUUUUCAUUCAUUGCUCACUCUCGUCUACCACGGUGCGUCAUACACGCUCUUGACUGUCACGGAUCCAGCCCAACUCGGUUUUACCUUGCUCUUUCCACGUGUGGAUAGCAAGUAGCCUCAUCACUGUUCCUUCCUUCCCCUGCCUCUUUGGAAUCCGCAACGGUUACGUACUACCCUUCCCGACCAGCCUCACUAUUGCACAUUCACCACAUUCCUUCAACCUUUCAAAGAAAAACAAGGGUCCGUCAUUCGACUCUCUGUACCUCGAGCCGGCUCGAUUACAACUGCUGUUCUCUUCUCCGAGAAUAAAACAAGUUGAAGACAUCCCCCUUCCGUCUCAGUCACAUUGACUUGAGCGACUCACUCUCACUCACCAACAACAUACCGAAAUCCCACAACUUGAACAUCCCAUGCGCGAACUUCUCAAGACGAGGAGCAAACACAUUCUUUGACUGAGCCCCCCUCCUUUUUUGAACCAAAAAAAUCACAACAUCAAGCCCCAAUCGCCGUUCUUCUUUCCCGGAAGAAGAAACAAAAUCAAGCUAUCCCAUCUCGCACCGGCCUCUCAUACCACCAGCAACGACAACAUGAAGGCCACUCUCGUAUCUGCGCUCGCGCUGCUUGCCAGUCAAGCCACCGCUCACAUGGCCAUCACCUACCCGCCGCCUCUGCGAUCCAAGGAGAACCCCUUCGCCGGCUACGACAUUGACUACAGCAUCACCAGCCCCCUGAGUGCUUCCGGCAGCGACUUCCCCUGCAAGGGAACCUUGAACCUCCUCGGCACUGAGAAGGCUUCUCCCGUCGCCACUUGGCAGGCUGGCCAGGCUUACAGCAUGACCAUCGCCGGUGGUGCCAAUCACAAUGGAGGUAGUUGCCAGGCCGCCCUCUCUUUUGACAGCGGGAAGACCUUCACCGUCAUCCACAGCUACAUCGGCGCAUGUCCCGUCGCUGGCACCUCAUCUCUCAAGUUUACCUUGCCGGCCGACACUCCAUCUGCCAAGGACGCCAUCUUCGCCUGGACCUGGUUCAACAAUAUCGGUAACCGAGAGUUCUACAUGAACUGCGCCGUCAUUACCAUCACUGGUGGUGGCGCUGGAGGCAACGUCGCCACCUCAUUCAGCAGCCGACCCCAGAUCUUCAAGGCCAACAUCGCCAACGGCUGCAGCACCCUGGAAGGAUCCGACGUCAUGUUCCCCGACCCUGGCCCAGAUGUCACCACGGCUGGCACUAGAACUGCCGCCCCUAUCGGCAAUUGCGGUGCCGUUGUCGCCCCCAAUCCCGGAACCGGUGGUGGCUCUGGUGGAGGUAGCGGCGGCAACCCUCCCAGCAGCCCGAGCUCCGUCGUCGUCCCCGUCCCGUCUGUUCCCCAGACCACUCAGCCCAGCACCUCGGCCACUACCACUCGUGCUGCUGGAGGAGCGCCGUCUCUCCCCGGUGGUGUCUUCAUAACGGUCUCGGCCUCCAAUGCCCCUGCUGUCUCAUCCGUUCAACCAACUACUUUCGCGACCGUCAGCCAGCCAGCUGCGACUAGUGAAGAGUGCACCUCGGAGCUUGAAGUCCCGACCGCAGGGCCCGCUCCUACCUCGGCAGUAGUCUCCUCCGUUGCUCCCUCCGUUGCACCGUCUGCUGUGCCAUCCGUCGCCCCCUCUCCCGGCGUUGGAUCCGGUGGCGAUGCGGCCGACGGCUCCAUGACCCCUGGCAAGGCUUGCAACCCCGAGGGUCAAUGGAACUGCGUGUCCGGUUCCCAUUUCCAACGUUGUGCCUCUGGUCAGUGGUCGGUGCUCAUGAGUAUGGCUCCUGGCACCAAAUGCCAGUCUGGCACGACUGAGGUCUUGGUCUGGCAGAAGAAGAGAGCCCACGGUCGCCGAUCGCUCCGCUUCAGACACCACAUCUAAGCCCAUGGGCCAUGAGUAAUAGCCUUACUGCCCUUUGGAUGUGUUGUCGAGAGGGUCACGACAUUUUUACGAGACUUGGACGAGAUACGCGGGAACACGCAUGCAUAGACACGGGAAAGAGUCUGGUUUUCUGAGAUUUCGGCGUUUGAGGACGGCAAUGGAUUUUCCGGGACUGGCUCCUGACUUGCAUUGGGAGAUGACUGGCAGGCAUUUGCAUCCUGUAGAAUAGGUAGCAAUUAAAACCCCUACGAUCGUUGAGAAGAUUGGGCUGUCGUGUGUGAUGCGAGACCUUGGUGACUUCUGCGUGGUAACC